AUGGCAGCUCGUAGAAUUUCCUAUUUUCUCCCACGUUCUCUCUCCCUUACUCCUGCUUCUUUUGGGAGAAAUUAUGGUUUUGGAAGGGGCAUGCACAAGUUUAGCACUGCUGCAGUACUUGAGGAACCAAUUUCUCCACCAGUACAGAUUAAUUACACCAAGCUUUUGAUCAAUGGACAAUUUGUUGAUUCAGCAUCAGGGAAAACAUUUCCCACUUUGGAUCCUCGGACUGGAGAAGUUAUUGCACAUGUUGCUGAAGGAGAGGCUGAGGAUAUCAAUCGUGCAGUAUCUGCUGCCCGCAAAGCGUUUGAUGAAGGGCCGUGGCCGAAAAUGAGUGCUUAUGAAAGGGCACGCAUAAUGCUACGGUUUGCUGAUUUGGUUGAAAAACACACGGACGAGAUUGCUGCACUUGAGACGUGGGACAACGGGAAACCUUACGAGCAAGCUCUCAAAACUGAACUACCAAUAUUUGUUCGUCUAUUUCAUUAUUAUGCUGGCUGGGCAGAUAAAAUUCACGGUCUAACAGUUCCAGCCGAUGGACCGUAUCAUGUACAAACUUUGCAUGAACCAAUUGGUGUUGCAGGUCAAAUUAUUCCUUGGAACUUUCCCCUGCUUAUGUUCGCCUGGAAAGUUGGUCCGGCACUGGCAUGUGGGAACACCAUUGUGCUAAAAACUGCAGAGCAAACACCGCUGACUGGUUUAUAUGUAGCAAAAUUGUUCCAUGAGGCCGGUCUUCCCCCUGGUGUACUAAAUGUGGUUUCUGGCUAUGGUCCAUCUGCCGGUGCAGCUCUUGCUAGUCACAUUGAUGUGGAUAAGCUUGCUUUCACGGGAUCAACCGACACUGGUAAAAUUGUACUUGAGCUUGCUGCAAGAAGCAAUCUGAAAUCAGUUACCCUAGAACUUGGAGGGAAAUCCCCAUUUAUCAUAUGUGAGGAUGCUGAUAUUGAUAAGGCUGUAGAGCAAGCACAUUUUGCUCUGUUCUUUAACCAGGGCCAAUGUUGCUGUGCUGGUUCUCGUACUUAUGUUCAUGAACGUGUAUAUGAUGAGUUCCUAGAGAAGGCAAAGGCACGUGCUAUCAGACGUACAGUCGGUGAUCCCUUCAAGACAGGUAUCGAACAAGGUCCUCAGAUUGACUCCGAGCAAUUUGAGAAGGUUCUUCGGUACAUAAGAUCUGGCAUUGAGAGCAAUGCCACCCUUGAAUGUGGAGGCGACAGAAUCGGGUCCAAAGGUUUCUUUAUUCAGCCCACUGUAUUUUCAAGUGUUGAGGAUAAUAUGUUAAUAGCACAAGAUGAGAUUUUUGGCCCUGUACAGACCAUCCUAAAAUUCAAGGACAAUGAUGAAGUGAUAAAAAGGGCUAACACGACAAAAUACGGUCUAGCAGCAGGUGUUUUCACAAGGAGUUUGGAUACUGCUAACACGUUGUCGCGAGGAUUGAGGGCUGGCACCGUUUGGGUUAACUGCUACAACGUUUUUGAUGCUGCGAUUCCAUUCGGUGGAUAUAAAAUGAGUGGUAUAGGCAGGGAAAAAGGAAUUUACAGCCUCAACAACUAUCUGCAGGUGAAGGCUGUUGUCACUCCCUUAAAGAAUCCAGCAUGGUUAUAA